AUGAAGAGCGUCCGUUUAACAUUGGUGCUGAUUGGUCUGGUGGUGGUUCAGGCUGCUUGGGCCCGAGUCCCCUAUCCGGAGGUGGAGCUGCCGCCGAUCGUCCAGGAGGAUGAGAUCUACGAGCGCGCCGUUUAUGUGGCACCCCAGCCGGAAGGACGUGCAGCCGCCUGCAGUGUCGCCAUUCGCGGGGCCCUGCCCAGCCCCCAGCCCGUCUACCUGAAGACUGACUCCGAGGAUUUCUAUCCCUUCAACGAUGUUGGCGUCAUGGAAUUCAAUGCGGGCGACUCAUUCCAGCUCUGGUGUCCUGGUGCAUUUAACACCCACUCCGAGACUCUGUUGACGGCCAAGUGCGUGAGUGGAUCCACCUUCAGUGUGGACGGCAAAGAUUUCGAGUUCAAGGAUCUCUACUGCAAAGCCUGGCCGGGCUUCAAGGCCAUCAAAUCGGGCGCCACCUGCAAUGGCGGCGUGGUCAUUCGCGUCGGCUUCGAGAUCACCUCCACGCGCUUUGCCGAACAGAUGCAGAUCUGCUUCAACGAGGAGGAGGAGGUGACUCGCUACACCCGCCACAAGCUGGAGCCCGGCAGCAACUACUACGAGACGGGCGUGGCCCGCAUCACUUUCCAGACGGCCGGCUACUUUGAUGGCAAGAAUGUGGACAAGCUCUACACGCAGGUCACUCAGAUGGAGACCAUCAACAAGGAUCUGGGCGGCGAUGCCGACCAGUACUUUGACACCGCCACGAAUGUCUUCCUGGCCCGUGGCCAUCUCGGAGCUAAGGCCGAUUUUGACUAUGCUCCCGAGCAGCGUGCCACCUUCCUGUUCAUCAAUGCCGCUCCCCAGUGGCAGACCUUCAAUGCCGGCAACUGGGCUCGCGUUGAGGACGGCCUCCGUGCCUGGGUGUCAAAGAACAAGAUGAACGUGAACUGCUACACCGGUGUCUGGGGCGUCACCACUCUGCCCAACAAGGACGGUGUAGAGACACCGCUCUAUCUCGCACGCGAUGCCAACAACAAUGGUUUGAUCCCAGUUCCCAAGCUGUACUUCCGCGUCGUCAUCGAGCCCUCGACCCAUCGUGGCAUCGUCUUUGUCGGUGUGAACAAUCCUCAUCUGUCCGAGGAGCAGAUCAAGCGCGACUACGUCCUGUGCGAUGAUGUCAGCGACCAGGUGACGUACAUCAACUGGAAGAAGGAUGACAUCAAGACUGGCUGGUCGUAUGCCUGCGAGGUGGCUGACUUCCUCAAGACCGUCAAGCAUCUGCCCGCCCUGACGGCCAAGGGCGGACUCCUGGUCUAGACGAUUGAAGAAUAAAGCGCAAAAACAAUUCA